AACUGUGAUCUACUGUAGUACCCACGUGAGCGCAGUACCACACAUGCAAGAUUGUUCAGUGUAUGGACAGUUUACUCCAUAGGUUUUCUUUCUCUAGUUAGUUUUCAGAUAUUUACAACCAUGUCUUCUUUUAGAAAAGCGUUGAAGUCCAAACAACGAGACCACAAAGAGCGAUCACAGCUCGGUUUCAGGAAACAGUUGGGGCUGUUGGAGAAGAAAAAGGAUUACAAACUUCGUGCAGAUGACUACCACCGGAAACAGAAAACUCUCAUGGCCUUGCGUAAGAAGGCUAUGGACAAAAACCCUGAUGAAUUUCAUUUUAAAAUGAUACACAGCCAGUUAAAGGAUGGGGUUCAUGUAAUAAAACCAAAAGAGGAAGAAAUGACAGAGGAACAGAAGAAGGUGAUGAGGACCCAGGACAUCAGAUACAUUGAAAUGAAGAGGGUCUCUGAGAUGAAGAAAGUGGAAAGGUUGAAGUCAGAGCUCCAUCUCCUUGAUAAUGAUGAGGACGAUGAUGAAAAAAAGAAUAAGCAUGUAUUUUUUGUUGACUCAAAAAAAGAAGUGGAGGACUUUGACCUGGCCACACACCUCAACACGGUGCCUGAAUUGGUGAACCGAACAUAUAACAGACCUACAAUACAGACCUUAGAAAGCAAGAGCAUCGGGGGAGCAGUGGAUCCACGACAGAUAAAGAAACUUGCUAAACAGAGGAAAAAUCAGUAUGAGGUGCUCUCACAGCGUAUUGACAGAGAGAAGAAGAUGUUUGUCAUUAGUCAAAAGAUCCAGACCAGAAAAGAUCUACAAGAUAAGGUUAGGAAAAUAAAGGUUCGUAAAGAGACCGAAACUGCCCCUGCCAUCUAUAAAUUUGAGGCCAAAAGGAAAAGAUGAUGUAUUGUGUCUUCAGAUCUACACACUUCUGCCACUGCCCAGUUCUGAACAACUCGAAGCUGUAAUUGCUGUGAAAUGGACUGAAUCUGUGGAUUUCUUUAUAACAACUUUACAACAGACUGAGAGACCAACAAUGCUGAGUCUUGUAUUUAGAAGAGCAGUAUGUACAUAUUUAUUAUAAAGAAAAAUUGUGAGAUGGUUUAAUGCUUUGAAAUAAAACUGUUGAUGUGAU